AUGAGUCUCCUCGAAAAGACAAACGGCCACGCUGAUGGAUCGGUUGUCGUUCCGGCCAGCCGGCUGUCGGAUCAAAAGGCUGAUAUCAGACUUGCCAGGAUGUUGGUUCGUGUUAUCUCGUUGUCUCUGCUGGUGUUGUUCUACAACCAAGCGUACGCGUUCUUCGACUAUGGUGAUGUAGAUAACCAAGUUUCUGGUAAGAAACAUUGAGAUUGUAGCUUUAGGUGGCAUAUUGUAGUAGGUUAUGAGGCAAAACGUAAAUGAGUUACCAUAGUUUUACUUCUGUUUAAUUGAUAGUUUAUCUAAAAAAUUUAUUUUGUCAGUUUACAUAGUAAUGUGUCAAAUAUAAAAUGAAGAGUGUUAGUUGAUAUACUGUACCUUGUAUACUAUAACAUUAUAAAUAAAAAUUUAAUUCAAACGCGUCGUAUUUCAUAUUGUAUCCUAGAAAUCGUGCCAAAAGAAGUCAAGACUUUCUACGAUGGCUUGACUACAGAAGACCGUGCUGUCCUGAAGAAGGUGCUGAGCAAAGGCAGUACGUAUAGUAAUGUCAGCGAGGUACUGAACGACAUCAAGAAUGGCUCCCAAUCUCUGUACGAUAAGGCUGUAGCCUUGGUCACUGACUUCAGGGGUACUAUGUCUAAGUUGGGUGCUAACUCGACUAAGUUUAUUGAUGAGGUAAGCAUGCUGUUGUGCCUGUCGUACUCAUACACAACUCACAUUGUACUUUUGUUCUUCAAUCUCAAGACUAUUUAUUACCUUUGCAGACUGUUUUAUCUUCUAUAUUACUCUUUUAUGAGUCAUAUAUUACUCUUUCAGACUGUCCUACAAAUCCAAAGAGCUUUGGGAGAAACCUUCUCGCUUCAGAAGGUGAAGGCUGAAGCCAAUGUAGCUGUGGCACGGUACCAAGCUCUGGAUGAAGCUACGAAGAACGAGUUGAAAGAAGCCUUCCCGAUUGUCGCUACCAUCAUUAACAGUACGUCAUCACUUCCAUUUUGUAUUUUAGGAUAUUAACUUCUUUGUAUUACAAAUUGUGAAUCAAACUGGUACUACUAAACCCUGACACACCUUGUAAUUAAACAAACUUUGUCAUUUAAAUUGUCACCUUUUCAGACCCCAUCUUCCAAACCCUGGCAGCCGGACUACUGGGCAUCACAGCCAACUAA